AAACUUCCUGAUGAAAACCUUGCGUACUGUGCACGGUGCAAAAGCGUUUUACAAAGGGAACUGGAACCAAGUUUAAUUAACAGCUUCUCUUUGCCAACAAAUCGUUUGGGGAAAUGUUGUCUUUGCUUGGAGACAAAGGCGGCGCAUAUCGUCUCAGUAUGCGGUGUUGACGCUAAUGCAGCAGGUUCCAUUGUGGGCUUGACACAUCUGACGUUAUGACAGGAAAGAACAAUUGGCCAACUGUCUACACGGCACGUGUACUACAUUUCUUGUAAAUUGGUAGAGACUUGUAUUAUGUUCAAUGUACAACAACAAAAUAAGCUCGACGGCAUCAAUCUUUAGGCCCUAUGACAUUUGAACCUAGAGUCAAGGCGCGAAACGGUGAAGCAGUUUUCAUUUUUUUUCUUGACAGAAAGUUAAGUUGUGUUCAAAAUGGAAAAUUCGAGUCUUGUGACCGAUAUAAAUGCAACUUUGAAUCGGACGGCUAAUCCUGUAGAUGUCACGGGCGACUUUGAUUCACCGAGGAAGUACUCCUUGCUGGUGCAGUACUGGGCCCUCGUGGUCGGGAUACCAGUGGACGCACUGGGCUUUUGGGGGAAUCUCAUGACCAUCAUCGCGGUGGCUAAAACAUCGGCUCUCAGGACGCCCACAAACCUCUUCAUCAUCAGCCUAAGCGUCUCGGACCUCUUGUAUUGUAUCAUCGUGCUGCCGGUCCUCCUGACAGUAUACAACCACAACGCCUGGGUCUUUGGCCCAGUCUUCUGUCGGAUCCAUCCUUUGCUCAUGAUCACCUUCGUUGGGGCGACCAUCAUGUCCCUGGCCGGUACUGCCUUCGGGCGCUGCCUCAAAAUCACCCAGUCGCCGCUUUAUGGUAAACUGUUCACCAUCAAGUGGCGGGCAACCGUCAUGAUACUGGUGUGUUGGCUCUUACCGUUAAUAUUUCUCCUCCCGCCCAUCACGGGGGUCUGGGGAGACCUGGGCUACGAGCCCAAGACCCUAACCUGCACCUUCCUCCGCGGAGGGAGUAAUUCCGGCUACAGUAUGUUCUUCAUGAUAUCCGCGCUGAUCAUUCCGACUUUCUCGAUAACUUUCUGCUACCUGAGAAUCCUGCAGACCGUCUGUGCGAACCACAAGCGCGUCCAGAAAAUGAGAAAGGCAGUGGUGAACGAGGUGUCGGGCGCUACGAGGGCCAGGGACUCGAUGAAGCGACAGCGGACGACGGCUUACCGGGAGGACAUCCAAUACACCAAGAUGAUGCUGUGCAUCUUCCUGGUCUUUAUUGUCUGCUACGUGCCCUACAUGAUGGCGACCCUGGUGGACCCACAGGUAAAGAACAUGACCUUCCACUUCUUCUGCGGGUCGUGUGUGUGGUUCAGCAGCUGUCUCAACCCCAUCGUAUACGUGAUAAUGAACAAACACUUCAGGAAGGCCUUUGCCGGGCUCCUGCCCGCCACCACGCGAGGUCGCGCAGCAACAGAAGUCGUUACCUUAUAGACAUUUCUUUUGCGACGUCACAGCUGCAUCAUGUAUUUUUCUUCGUUCCAGAAUAUCGUAACAAGCGAGUAUAUGCUGUAUGCACAUAAAAAGACCAGAAUGAAGAGUGUCUAUCUGAGUAAUUUCCUGUAGUUGGGGAUAGUACCAUUUAUGCCCAUCACGGUUAACUGAGUGCCUCUCAAGUUUAAGCGGGUGAUUUUGGAAAUUAUUUACUUGUGUGGUUUAUAACUGUCUUAGCGAACCCUAAAAUGUCAACCCAGCAAAAAGGUUUCUGCCGGCAUUUACGCCUAAUUUCCCCCACCGUUUCAUUCAAUCCAAUGCAGCCGAAGACAGGUAGCUUAGAAACGACGGUCUUCGCUAACGAAGGUAUUCAAUCGUUCUCGGUGAUACAAUAUCGAAUCACUUUGUUCAACGUGAGUUUGCAUAUACCUGCUUGUCAUUGUGAGCCUUGGAUGGAUUUGAACAUAAAACAUAAAAGCUGACAGAUAGGCGGGAGUACAAGGUGGAAGCCUAAAUUUAUUCAAAGUCUGGCCCUUUUGUGAAACGUAAGGCGAGAGUGUUUUAAAGAUGGUGCUUGGACCCACCGACCCCCCUGGAUUCAGAGCUGGAUUUUUCGGAGAAGUCUCGGAUCCGUGAGAUCAAAAUAAGUUACAAUAAGUAAAUUAGAUAUAGUUAAGCGGAAAAGUUAAAGGAAAAGAAAAAGCUUGUACCUACUUGCAAUACAAGACUUGAAUAACUUAGACUUUAACUUUUGCACGUGUUGUAUGGAUGGUGACGUCUUAUGUAAUACCGGAAUUAAGUACAUUUUGUAGAUAUCUGAUCAAUCUAAGCACGUUUUCAAAAAGGGUAGGGGGCUUUACCUUCUUGCCUAUAAAGGUUGUGCAUGGCAACCUUCUUUUAGGUAACUGCUUUUAUUACAGAGGAAUAGCGCAAAAAGGUCUACUCAUGUGGAUCCCGUGGAACGAAAGCUCUUACCCGUUGGCUGCCAUACAUGCACACCUUCUAAAUCAGUUUUCAUGACUUAUGCUGUCCUAUAGUCUUUUCAAGGUGCAGUUUGUUUGCUUUUUAUACCGAUUCCUGACAAACGAGAACUUUAAUAUUGUAAGGUUACCUGUAAAUAUUCAAGAAAUAAUAACGUUUAGUGUCUUAUGCUGUCUAAAAGAGGGCGCAGUUGCUCUCUGAAAUUGGAAUUUUGUGAUAGCUCAUCAACAUUCUGUCUGGCUUGCGAUUUACUAAAAAUGAUGGUGAAUUUUUCAAUGCUAGAAUUUCGUAUUGAAGCUGAUGGUAUGCCAGUGUAUUAUAAGGAGAAGAGAGGACAUUUUUAGGUAGUUCAGGCCAAAUUUUAUGCAGAACACCCAAAACUGGGAAACCGAUGUAAGAUUCUUUUGACAAGAAGCUUCCACGUAAAGUUAACUCAAUUAUAACACCUAAAAAUCUAAAUUUCCUCGUUGCUUUUCUUAAGUGUCACUUCAUCCCAUAAAUGGCGCUAAAUGUGCCGUUGGAUGAAUAGAUAAAAUAAAGUAAAAUAGCUUACUUUACUUAUCUUGGCAUUGUUAACAUAAAUAUUCAUGUCAACAUCUUUGUGAUUAAAUGUGUAAAUAAAAUAAAAACGUUUUCCAUGUUUGUGAAAAAUCUCAUGCAUAAAUGGUUAGGGUUAAUACACAGGGUGUCCACGUAAAAAGUAUACCGAGAUAAAAAAAA